AUGCGCUCGUUUAUUUUCCAGAUCGUCUGCCUUAUAGACGCAUUUUCACCACAGACGUGCCUAGCGGACUUCAAGGACCUGUACAUCGUCACACCUUUGAUGGGCGCUGACUUGGGGGCCGUUAUCCGCACCCAGGAAUUGUCCGACGGACAUAUCCGGUUCCUCGUCUAUCAGAUCUUGCGUGCGCUCAAGUAUAUGCACAGCGCUGGCCUCAUCCACCGUGACCUCAAACCGGUGAACAUAGCAGUCAAUGAGGAUUGCGAGUUGAAGAUUUUGGAUUUCGGCUUGGCUCGUCAGAAGCACGACGAGAUGAGUGGCUACGUGGCUACCCGGUGGUAUCGUGCACCUGAAGUGAUGCUCAAUUGGAUGCACUACAACGAGUCGGUCGAUGUUUGGUCCGUCGCAUGUAUUAUGGCAGAAUUGCGGCACAGACGACCACUUUUCGCUGGCAAAAAUCACAUUGAUCAAAUUCGGCGUAUUUUGUGGUUACUCGGAAAACCGGACGAAGAGUGUAUGCUCAAAAUCACCAGUGACAGUGCACGUAGUUUCCUUAAUCAGGUCAAAGUUGACUCCCCUCAGGAUUUGAAUCAAUAUUUCUCUGCAUUUCCCCAGGACGGUAAGCAUCUUUUUCCACCUCUCACGGAGUCCAUUGCCUACUAUUUCGUACUUCCGUCCUCUGAUAACACAGCGGAAAUAGCUCAGAUAAUCGGCCCUUCAAUUUUGUUGGAAUCAUUCUGA